GAACGAUUUAAUUCACAAUUUGUUUAAGUCAGGGGCGGUAACAAAUGUCACUUCUUUGUAUUCUUGUUGAUCGUCCGUUGUCAAGUACAUCAAUUGUAGUGUUACUUAACAUAUAAAGUUAAAUUAAUCAUGAUCCGUUUCAUCCUUAUUCAAAAUAGAGCUGGAAAAACAAGAUUAGCAAAAUGGUAUAUGAAUUUUGAUGACGAUGAAAAACAAAAAUUAAUAGAAGAAGUUCAUGCAGUAGUAACUGUACGAGAUGCUAAGCAUACAAACUUUGUAGAGUUUCGUAAUUUCAAGAUUGUAUAUAGAAGAUAUGCUGGUUUAUAUUUUUGUAUUUGUGUUGAUGUUAAUGAUAAUAAUCUCUGCUAUCUAGAAGCAAUACAUAACUUUGUUGAAGUAUUAAAUGAAUACUUCCAUAAUGUGUGUGAAUUGGAUCUUGUGUUUAAUUUUUAUAAGGUAUAUACAGUUGUAGAUGAAAUGUUUUUAGCAGGAGAAAUAAGGGAAACUAGUCAAACGAAAGUAUUGAAACAGCUCUUGAUGUUAAAUUCAUUGGAAUAAAAUUAUUUAAUGUUAUUUAAUUUUAUUAAUAAAAUAUAUAACAAAAAUA